AGGAGGCCAGGAUAGCGGGUGCCGGCUUAGAUCCACGGUUCCCAGCCUGAAAAGUUGCGGAGGGUUGGAGGCUGCCGGGAGAGCUGACAGACCCCAGGUCCGGCCGCGGGGGGCAGGAGAGGACGGUACCCAAUUGCCACCUCCCUUCAGCCGUAGUACUUUCUGUCAUUCGGGAGCGCAGCGAGCUACAGACCGGGGGCGCGGCACUCAGCGUGAAGAGCAAGAGGUACACGGUCCAGCUGUCGAACCCAGCGCGUUUGUGUUCUCUGGACGCGCCCCUGACUUCCAGCUCUGUUUUAUUCAGACCUCUGCUUGCCUCCUUGCAGCUUGGAGAAAGCAAGGGAAUCAAGAUCAGAUGCAAGGAGCCCUUUAGGACCAAGGACUGUUUGUAGCCCUUUGCGUUUGCAGGAAAGCGAAGGCCAAGGCUGGGCCAGGAGAGUCGGGAGACUAAUAUAAACAGCCCUCCUCUGACGGGAUGGGAACCACCCGGCUCCUGUGGCUGCUGCCGCUGCUGCUUUCAGCGGCAGCCUUGGGCUCCGGGACCCCGACCGAGCAGCGUGCGGGCUCACAGGCAGUUGGGGCACCAUUGCAGCCCCGAGAACCGCUCAGCUACUCGCGCCUGCAGAGGAAGAGUCUGGCGGUGGACUUCGUGGUGCCCUCGCUCUUCCGUGUCUACGCCCGAGACCUGCUGCUGCCGCCGCCAUCCCCCUCCGAGCCGAGGGCUGGCCGGCUGGAGGCGCGCGGCUCGCUGGCUCUGGACUGCGCCCCGCUGGUUAGGCUGCUGGGGCCGCCGGCGGCCAGCUCCUUGUCCCCAGCCGCGGACCCGACGCUGUCCAGGGUGCUGAAAGGUGGCUCGAUACGCAAGCUCCGGCGCGCCAAGCAGCUGGUGCUGGAGCUGGGCGAGGAGGCUAUUCUUGAGGGCUGCGUUGGGUCCCCAGAAGAGGCGGCCGUGGGACUGCUCCAGUUUAACCUCAGUGAGCUGUUUAGCUGGUGGAUUCGUCACGGCGAAGGGCGGCUGAGGAUCCGCCUGAUGCCCGAGAAGAAGGCAUCGGAAGUGGGCAGAGAGGGAAGGCUGUCCGCGGCGAUUCGCGCCUCCCAGCCCCGCCUUCUCUUCCAGAUCUUUGGGAUCGGUCACAGCUCCUUGGAGUCACCAACAAACAUGCCUUCUUCUCCUCCUGACCAUUUUGUGUGGAAUCUCACCUGGAUAAUGAAAGAUUCUUUUCCUUUCCUGUCUCAUCGCAGUCGAUACGGUCUGGAGUGCAGCUUUGACUUCCCUUGUGAGCUGGAAUAUUCUCCUCCACUGCAUGACCUUGGGAACCAAAGCUGGUCCUGGCGCCGCGUGUCCUCAGAGGAGGCCUCCCAGGUGGACUUGAUGGACGGGUCUGAGGCAGAGUUUUCUAAAGAGAUGCCCAGAGGCUCCUUCCUCCUCCUCAACACCUCAGCAGACUCCAAGCACACCAUCCUGAGCCCCUGGAUGAGGAGCAGCAGUGAGCACUGCACGCUGGCUGUCUCGGUGCACAGGCACCUGCAGCCAUCUGGGAGGUAUGUCGCCCAGCUGCUGCCCCACAAUGAGGCUGGAAGAGAGAUUCUCCUGGUACCCACUCCUGGGAAGCAUGGCUGGACCGUGCUGCAGGGAAGAAUUGGGCGCCCAGAGAACCCAUUCCGAGUGGCCCUGGAAUACAUCUCAAGUGGAAACCGAAGUCUGUCUGCAGUGGACUUCUUCGCCCUGAAGAAUUGCAGCGAAGGAACAUCCCCAGGCUCCAAGAUGGCCCUGCAGAGUUCCUUCACAUGUUGGAAUGGGACAGUCCUCCAGCUCGGGCAGGCCUGUGACUUCCACCACGACUGCGCCCAGGGAGAAGACGAGGGUCACUUAUGCAGUAAACUCCCUGCUGGUUUCUACUGCAACUUUGAGCAUGGCUUCUGUGGCUGGACCCAAGGCACACUCUCACCCCAUGUGCCCCAGUGGCAGGUCAGGACCCUAAAGGACGCCAGGUCCCAAGACCAGCCAGGCCACGCCCUGUCGCUCAGCACCACUGAUGUCCCCACUUCUGAGAGUGCCACAGUGACCAGUGCUACCUUUCCUGCGCCAAUUAAGAACUCUCCGUGUGAGCUCCGAAUGUCCUGGCUCAUCCGUGGAGUCUUGAGGGGAAAUGUGUCCUUGAUGCUAGUAGAGAACAAAACUGGGAAGGAGCAAAGCAGGAUGAUCUGGCACGUUGCCACCAAUGAAGGCUGGAGCCUGUGGCGGUGGACGGUGUUGCCUCUCCUCGACGUGUCCGACAGGUUCUGGCUGCAGAUGGUUGCAUGGUGGGGACAAGGAUCCCGAGCCACCGUGGCUUUUGACAAUAUCUCCAUCAGCCUGGACUGCUACCUCACCAUCAGUGGGGAGGACAAGAUACUACAGAACGCAGAACCCAAAUCGAGAAAUCUGUUUGAGAGAAACCCAAACAAGGACCAGAAAACCUCGAAAAAUACAUCUGAACAGCCUCCCACCUUUGACCCGACAGUUCACUGGCUGUUCACCACAUGCGGGGCCAGCGGACCCCAUGGCCCCACGCAGGCCCAGUGCAACAAUGCCUACCAGAACUCCAACCAGAGUGUGUUGGUAGGGAGUGAAGGGCCCCUGAAGGGCAUCCAGAUCUGGAAAGUGCCAGCCACUGACACCUACAGCAUCUCAGGCUAUGGAGCUGCCGGAGGGAAAGGCGGGAAGAACACCAUGAUGCGGUCCCAUGGCGUGUCUGUGCUGGGCAUCUUCAACCUGGAGAAGGACGACAUGCUGUACAUCCUGGUCGGGCAGCAGGGAGAGGAUGCCUGCCCCAGUACAAACCAAUUGAUCCAGAAAGUUUGCAUCGGGGAGAACAACGUGAUCGAAGAAGAAAUCCGCGUGAACAGAAGCGUGCACGAGUGGGCAGGAGGAGGAGGAGGUGGGGGGGGAGCCACCUACGUGUUUAAGAUGAAGGAUGGAGUGCCGGUGCCCCUCAUCAUUGCAGCCGGUGGUGGCGGCAGGGCCUACGGGGCCAAGACAGACACAUUCCACCCAGAGAGACUGGAGAAUAACUCCUCAGUUCUAGGGCUGAACGGCAAUUCCGGAGCCGCAGGUGGUGGAGGUGGCUGGAAAGAUAACACUUCCUUGCUCUGGGCCGGAAAGUCUUUGCUGGAGGGCGCCACUGGAGGACAUGCCUGCCCCCAGGCCAUGAAGAAGUGGGGGUGGGAGACAAGAGGGGGUUUCGGAGGGGGUGGAGGGGGGUGCUCCUCAGGUGGAGGAGGCGGAGGAUAUAUAGGUGGCAAUGCGGCCUCAAACAAUGACCCUGAAAUGGAUGGGGAAGAUGGGGUUUCUUUUAUCAGUCCACUGGGCAUCUUAUACACCCCAGCUUUAAAAGUGAUGGAGGGCCACGGGGAAGUGAAUAUUAAGCAUUACCUAAACUGCAGUCACUGUGAGGUAGACGAAUGUCACAUGGACCCCGAGAGCCACAAGGUCAUCUGCUUCUGUGACCAUGGGACAGUGCUGGCUGAAGACGGCGUCUCCUGCAUUGUGUCACCUACCCCGGAGCCCCACCUGCCACUCUCGCUGAUCCUCUCCGUUGUGACCUCUGCCCUGGUGGCCGCCCUUGUCCUGGCUUUCUCCGGCAUCAUGAUUGUGUACCGCCGCAAGCACCAGGAGCUGCAAGCCAUGCAGAUGGAGCUGCAGAGCCCCGAGUACAAGCUGAGCAAGCUCCGCACCUCCACCAUCAUGACCGACUACAACCCCAACUACUGCUUUGCCGGCAAGACCUCCUCCAUCAGUGACCUGAAAGAAGUGCCCCGGAAAAACAUCUCCCUCAUUCGGGGUCUGGGCCAUGGUGCAUUUGGGGAGGUAUAUGAGGGCCAGGUGUCCGGAAUGCCCAAUGACCCGAGCCCCCUGCAGGUGGCUGUAAAGACGCUGCCGGAGGUGUGUUCGGAACAGGAUGAACUGGACUUCCUCAUGGAGGCCCUGAUCAUCAGCAAAUUCAACCACCAGAACAUUGUGCGCUGUAUCGGGGUGAGUCUUCAAGCCCUGCCACGAUUUAUCCUGCUGGAGCUCAUGGCUGGAGGAGACCUCAAGUCCUUCCUGCGGGAGACGCGCCCUCGCCCGAAUCAGCCCUCCUCCCUGGCCAUGCUGGACCUUCUGCAUGUAGCUCGGGACAUUGCCUGUGGCUGUCAGUAUCUAGAGGAAAACCACUUCAUCCACCGGGACAUUGCUGCCAGGAACUGCCUCCUGACCUGUCCUGGCAGUGGAAGAAUAGCAAAGAUUGGGGACUUUGGAAUGGCCCGAGACAUCUACAGGGCCAGCUACUAUCGAAAGGGAGGGUGUGCCAUGCUACCGGUUAAAUGGAUGCCCCCAGAGGCCUUCAUGGAAGGAAUAUUUACUUCUAAAACAGACACGUGGUCCUUCGGAGUGCUGCUGUGGGAGAUCUUUUCCCUGGGGUACAUGCCAUACCCCAGCAAAAGCAACCAGGAAGUCCUGGAGUUCGUCACCAGUGGAGGACGGAUGGACCCACCUAAGAACUGCCCUGGGCCUGUAUACCGGAUAAUGACUCAAUGCUGGCAACAUCAGCCCGAAGACAGGCCCAACUUUGCCAUAAUUUUGGAGAGGAUUGAAUACUGUACCCAGGAUCCAGAUGUCAUCAACACUGCGCUGCCCAUAGAAUAUGGCCCGCUCGUGGAAGAGGAGGAGAAAGUGCCCAUGAGGCCCAAAGACCCCGAGGGGAUGCCCCCUCUCCUGGUGUCCCCGCAGCAGGCCAAACGCGGGGAGGACCGCGCCCCAGCCGCGCCCCCGGCCCUGCCGGCCCCUUCCUCGGGGAAGGCUGUGAAGAAACCCGGCGCUGCCGAGGCCUCCGCGCGCGUCCCCAGAGGGCCAGCCGCGGAAGGGGGACACGUUAACAUGGCAUUCUCUCAGUCCCACCCGCCAGCAGAGCUGCACAAGGUCCAGGGGUCCAGAAACAAGCCCACCAGCUUGUGGAACCCAACUUAUGGCUCCUGGUUUACGGAGAAACCCACCAAAAAGAACAACCCUCCAGCCAAGAGGGAGUCACAGGAGAGGGGACGCUGUACUGUCCCUGCCGGCGCAGCUCCCGGCAGACUCGCGGGGGCGUCGCUGCUCCUGGAACCCUCCUCGCUGACUGCCACCAUGAAGGAGGUGCCUCUGUUCAGGCUGCGUCACUUCCCUUGUGGGAAUGUCAACUACGGCUACCAGCAGCAGGGCUUACCUUUAGAGGCCACCACUGCCGCCGGAGCAAGUCAUUACGAGGACAGCGUUCUGAAAAACAAGAACAAGGCAAACCGCCCUGGGCCCUGAGCCCGGGGCCACUUCCUUCUCUCCGGGAGAGCCCAUGGGACAGGGGGAGGGGAGGUAAUGGCUCCAUCACCAAUCAGAGACCAGAUGUCACUUUCAUUUUGUGCCAAUUUGUUUUGAAGUGCCACAUUUAAAAAAAAAAAAAAAAGUGUAUUCUCAAAAUGCUUUAGAAAGGUUUUGAGCAUGGGUUCAUCCUAUUCUUUCAAAAGAAGAAAAUAUAAAAACUGAUCACUACCAGGCCCUAUCGGUUGCAUAAGGUUUUUUCCGCAUGGUGGUUGUAUCCUUAAUCCUUAUGCUUCUUUUAACCUGUGUGUGCUCUGCUUCAAUGUCGUCAGAACCAGCUGCUUACAUGUCUCGUGGUGGGAGUAUGAAUGUUCCUCAUUGAUGUGGACAUGAACCAUUGGAGGGGUGAGGGAUCACGAAUAAAGGAGCUAAUUGUAAUGA